AUGCGACGUUUAGAUACCCUUCUCUGUUGCAAGGGAGAAGAAGCAGAUGACUUGAUCUCCUCUCUGACCAUUGACUUGUGAUACAAGUGUACAUAACUCUGACUUGCUAUGUGCCUAACAAUACAACUCUACCCAACUAUGAAUACUCAAAUCAGUCCUUCCCUUUCCCUUAUUCAUGGGCAGUUCUGCUCCACGCUUCGGCGCCGUGCCAUCUGGAACGUCAUCGGUCCUGUUUUAACGGCAUCCACAUUGGGACUGGAAGAAAGCGAACUGCAAAACUGCGAUCUCAACUUGCAGUUACAGUCCUACUCGUUGUCCCUGAGAAUUCUUCUCCUCAGCCCAUCCUCCAUUCAAGUUUCGGACAGAGAAAACACGUCCUCUCGGUUGAUUAACUUCUACCACUCCCGGAAUAACUCAUAUUACCAAAAUUAUGCAAUCGCCCUCUUUCUCUCUGAAGACUCAUUUAACAGAGCCAGUGGAAAGUAUGAUCUGGACGGGCUGUUGGCUCUACAAGCGUUAGUAGUCGAAUGUCUACCAGCUCUAGUCCCGAUAAUCCCCAUACCUGACUCAUCCUGUUUCUUUUCCUGCCUCGAAGAGUAUACGACUAGUCUUGCUGACAUACCUUUGCAAACCCCGUCUCUUACAGACUCUAUGGCUUUGCUAUCUCAUGUCACUUCUGCUCACCCCUACGUACUCUCCGACCAGGAGAGGAAUAUUCUAAGAGAUCUGUUUCCGUCACUGAGAAGUAUGAGUCAGGCCGUCCGUUCCCCAGAAGGAUGGAAUGUUCUGGUGGAUUAUCUCGGAGAAGUGCGAACAAGAGAAAUUGCAGAUUUCUGGGAUCAUGAUAGGGUCUGUGAAUGGUAAUGUACAGGAGUGCAACUUAGUUUGUUUGUUUACUUUCUAUUGUUAUUGAUAUUAUCCUUGAUACAGUCUAGUUUCCUAAUGAAGUUGAAUAAGGUUCUGUUUUAAAACAAAAGUCU